GAGGUCUUGCUGUACGAAGAGCUUGCUAUGGGGUUCUUCGUUUCAUUAUGGAAUCUGGAGCAAAGGGUUGCGAAGUUGUAGUUAGUGGCAAACUACGUGGACAGAGAGCAAAGUCCAUGAAGUUUGUUGAUGGAUUAAUGAUCCACUCUGGUGAACCCACAAAUGAGUAUGUGAAUACUGCAACCCGCCACGUACUUCUUAGACAAGGUGUACUUGGUAUCAAAGUAAAGAUUAUGCUUCCGUAUGAUCCCCAAGGCAAAACAGGUCCCAAGAAACCUCUUCCAGAUUCUGUUUCCAUUGUGGAACCAAAGGAUGAGAUUUUCCCAUCGCAACCAUCUUCAGAAGUGAAACCGUCGAAAGACAUAACACAGCCAAUACCACCUGUGAUUACAGUGUAAUUCAUACACAAUGAAAAUAAAUUUCUAAAAGAAGUGUUAA